AAGCGCGGUAUUUUACCGAAGCAGGCUACAACUGUUAUGAAAACUUGGCUCUUCCAGCAUUUAAUGCACCCUUAUCCUACGGAAGAUGAAAAACGAGCUAUAGCUACUCAAACUAAUCUUUCAAUCUUGCAAGUUAACAACUGGUUUAUAAAUGCACGGCGAAGAAUCCUGCAACCUAUG